GCAGUGAGCUCAUGGGGUGUAAAUAGCCUGGUCGGAGGGACGGAGUGGGACAUCUGGAGUAUAUAAAGGAGGGGAGUCCUUUUGUAACGUCCCAAACUACCCGAUAGAAGAGUAACAAGGAGAAAAAACUCUGGAAGCUCUCAGUUCUCACACUUCACUGGAGACGAGAGACAUCAAGUCUGAGAGAGGGAACGCAUAACUGCCGCUGAUAUGAUGUCCCAGCAUGCAGCCUUGAGCGGCUUGUUCGGCGACGACCCUUUCUUCAGCCAGGACCGGCUGCUGUGGCCGCUGCAUCACAAAGCCCUCUCAUCACUGCAGCAAGACUUCUUCAACAAGAGAACCAAAGUGGCCGACAGCCUUCUGGGGGGGAUUCCCGAUCGGCCCCACCUGCUCAAAUUCAGCCAGUUUCCCCUUAUUUCUUCCACUUUGAUGAGGUUGAGUGACGCUAAGGAGAGGGAGACUCCCAGCACGGAGCUGCACAAGGAAGCCCAGCUGGCCACAGCAAACAACAGUGACCUCCUGGUGACCCUGGACGCUCGCGGUUACGCCCCCAAUGAUAUCACUGUCAAACUGGAGGGGCGUAGCCUGGCGGUCGUGGCCAUGAAGCAGGCCGGAGCAGAAGAAAGCCAGUCCUGCGCCUCUUCCUCCUCCAGCGCCUCCUUCUGCUCCUCGUCCUCGUCUCAAAUAGGAUUUGUCCAGAAGAUCGACCUUCCCCCUCACCUGGAUCUGACAGGUCUCUCCUGUUCCCUGAUGGAUGAUGGGCAGCUGCGUAUCCACGCCCCCGUGGCCAAGCGGCCAAUCAGUGAGGAGCAGGAGCCUGUCCGGUUCAGGACAUCACUGGAAUUUCCCAUUUCCAAGGACAAGACUGAGGCGGAACAGAGGGACUAAUGCACUCGUGAAAAACUCAUCUAAAUGAAAACAAAUGUUUUA